GGCUCAGGGACGCGGUGCGGGCGGCGGUUUGCGGGCUUCGGGUGGAUUGUUUUGUGCCCCGCGCCCCGCUCUCUGCUCCCGGUCCGGCGGUGCACGGCAGGGCGGCGGCAGCGUAGGAACCAUCGCGGGCGCGGCGCCCGCCGCGGGGUCCAUGGCCUCCUCCUGCGCGAGCAUCGACAUCGAGGACGCCACGCAGCAUCUGCGGGACAUUCUCAAGCUGGACCGGCCCGCGGGGGGUGCCCCUGCAGAGAACCAGCGGCCAUCCAACACCUACAAUGGGGACCUCAAUGGGCUCCUGGUUCCAGACCCCCUCAGCUCAGGUGAUGGUACCUCAACAAGCAAGCCUGGUCUCCGAGCCAUGCCACCCCUUAACCUGCAAGAGAAGCAGGUCAUCUGCCUCUCUGGAGAUGACAGUUCUACAUGCAUUGGCAUUUUGGCCAAGGAAGUGGAGAUUGUGGCCAGCAGUGAUUCCAGCAUUUCAAGCAAGGCCCGGGGGAGCAACAAGGUGAAAAUCCAACCAGUCGCCAAGUAUGACUGGGAGCAAAAGUACUACUAUGGCAAUCUCAUCGCGGUGUCCAACUCCUUCCUGGCCUAUGCCAUUCGGGCUGCCAACAACGGCUCAGCGAUGGUGCGAGUGAUCAGCGUGGGUACGUCGGAGCGCACCCUGCUCAAGGGCUUCAUGGGCAGCGUAGCCGACCUGGCCUUUGCCCACCGCAACUCCCCACAGCUGGCCUGCCUGGAUGAGGCAGGGAACCUCUUCGUGUGGCGCCUGGCCCUGGUUAAUGGCAAAAUCCAGGAAGAGAUCCUGAUCCACAUCCGGCAGCCCGAGGGCACGCCAUUGAACCACUUCCGCCGCAUCAUCUGGUGCCCCUUCAUCCCGGAGGAGAGCGAGGACUGCUGCGAGGAGGGCAGCCCCACAGUGGCCCUGCUGCACGAGGACCGGGCUGAGGUGUGGGACUUGGACAUGCUGCGCUCGGGCCACCACACCUGGCCCGUGGAUGUGAGUCAGCUCAAGCAGGGCUUCAUCGUGGUGAAAGGCCAUAGCACGUGCCUGAGUGAAGGGGCCCUCUCCCCUGACGGGACUGUGCUGGCUACUGCCAGCCAUGAUGGCUAUGUCAAGUUCUGGCAGAUCUACAUCGAGGGGCAGGAUGAGCCCAGGUGCCUGCAUGAGUGGAAACCUCAUGACGGUAGGCCCCUCUCCUGCCUGCUCUUCUGUGACAACCACAAGAAACAGGACCCUGAGGUCCCAUUCUGGAGGUUCCUGAUCACUGGUGCCGACCAGAACCGGGAGCUGAAGAUGUGGUGCACCGUGUCCUGGACCUGCCUGCAGACCAUUCGCUUUUCCCCAGAUAUCUUCAGUUCAGUGAGCGUGCUCCCCAGCCUCAAGGUCUGCCUGGACCUCUCGGCAGAGUACCUGAUUCUCAGCGAUGUACAACGGAAGGUCCUCUAUGUGAUGGAGCUGCUGCAGAACCAGGAGGAGGGCCAUGCCUGCUUCAGCUCCAUCUCGGAGUUCCUGCUCACCCACCCCGUGCUGAGCUUUGGCAUCCAGAUGGUGAGCCGCUGCCGCCUGCGCCACACAGAGGUGCUGCCAGCCGAGGAGGAGAGUGACAGCCUGGGGACUGAUGGUUCCCACGGAGCUGGGGCCGUAGAGUCUGCCGCCGGCGUGCUUAUCAAGCUCUUCUGCAUCCAUACCAAAGCCCUGCAGGAUGUACAGAUCCGCUUCCAGCCUCAGCUGGGCCCCGAUGUAGUGGCGCCGCUCCCCCUGCACACGGCCCCAGAGGACUUUGCAUUUGGAGAGGCUCAGUCUGAACUGAGUGCCGAUGGCUUGAGCUCGGCCUCUCCCAGCACCCAGCCCAACCUGCACCGCCUCGUGGAGCUACCUGCCCCCGCCGACUUCCUCAGUCUGAGCAGUGAGGCCAAGCCCAAGCUCAUGACGCCUGAUGCUUUCAUGACGCCCAGCGCCUCCCUGCAGCAGAUCACCGUGUCCCCGGGCAGCAGCAGCAGCAGUAGUAGCGGCAGCAGCUCCUCUCUCACAGCCGUGUCUGCCAUUAGCAGCACCCCAGCCGUGGACGCCCCUUCCUUGCCCAGCCUUGCUGCCCCCAGGCCCUCCGAGGAGCUGACCUUGAGCCCCAAGCUGCAGCUGGAUGGCAGCCUGCAGGCCAGCCCACGCAGCCUCCUGCCUGGCCUGCUCCCGGGGCCAGCCGACAAGUUGACCAAGGGGCCUAUGCAGGUGCCUACUGCUGCCGCCUCGCUGUCCCUGGAGCUGCAGGAAGUGGAGCCCCUGGGGCCACCUCAGGCCUCACCCAGCCGGACCCGCUCCCCGGACGUGAUCUCCUCGGCCUCCACGGCCCUGUCCCAGGAUAUCCCCGAGAUCGCCUCAGAGGCGUUGUCCCGGGGUGCUUGUCCUGCUGGCCUCGAGCCCAACAGCAUGGCCUCUGCUGCCUCCGCGCUCCAUCUGCUGUCCCCACGGCCCCGGCCGACGCCCACCGAGCUGGGCCCCCAGCGUGGCCUGGACCUGGAUGGGAGCUCUGGGGAUGGCGAUCGGCAUAGUGCGCCCUCUCUGCUGGAAGCAGCCUUAACCCAGGAGGCUUCGGCCCCCGAGAGUCAGGUCUGGCCCACAGCCCCCGACAUCACUCGGGAAACCUGCAGCAGUUUGGCGGAAAGCCCCAGAAACGGCCUCCAGGAGAAGCACAAGAGCCUGGCCUUCCACCGGCCACCGUACCACCUGCUGCCGCAACACGAGAGCCAGGACACCAGUGCCGAGCAGAGUGACCACGAUGACGAGGUGGCCAGCCUAGCCACUGCCUCAGGGGGCUUUAGCAGCAACGUUCCCACACCACGGCUGCCUACCAAGGACUGGAAGACCAAGGGGUCCCCUCGGGCCUCCCCUAAGCUCAAGAGGAAGGGCAAGAAGGAGGACGGGGAGUUGGCUGUGGGAUCCCGGCUGACGGAGCACCAGGUGGCAGAGCCCCCCAAGGACUGGCCAGCGGUCCUGUGGCAGCAGCAGAGAGAGCUGGCAGAGCUGCGGCACAGCCAGGAGGAGCUCCUGCAGCGCCUGUGCAGCCAGCUUGAGGGCCUGCAGAGCACCGUCAUGGGCCACGUGGAGCGCGCCCUGGACACGCGGCAUGAGCAGGAGCAGCGGCGGCUGGAGCGGGCACUGGCUGAGGGGCAGCAGCGGGGUGGGCAGUUGCAAGAGCAACUGACACAGCAGCUGUCCCAGGCGCUGUCAUCGGCAGUGGCAGGGCGGCUGGAGCGCAGCAUCCGGGACGAGAUCAAGAAGACGGUGCCCCCAUGUGUCUCCCGGAGUUUGGAGCCUGUGGCCGGCCAGCUGAGCAGCUCGGUAGCCACCAAGCUCACAGCCGUGGAGGGCACCAUGAAGGAGAACAUCUCUAAGCUCCUCAAAUCCAAGAACCUGACUGAUGCCAUCGCCCGUGCAGCUGCGGACACCUUGCAGGGGCCGAUGCAGGCCGCCUACCGUGAGGCCUUCCAGAGCGUGGUGCUGCCUGCCUUCGAGAAGAGCUGCCAGGCCAUGUUCCAGCAGAUCAAUGAGAGCUUUCGGCUGGGCACGCAGGAAUACUUACAGCAGCUGGAGGGCCACAUGAAGAGCCGGAAGGCCCGGGAACAGGAGGCAAGAGAGCCUGUGCUGGCCCAGCUGCGUGGCCUGGUGGGCACCCUGCAGGGCGCUACCGAGCAGAUGGCAGCCACUGUGUCUAGCAGUGUCCGGGCGGAGGUGCAGCACCAGCUGCAUGUGGCUGUGGGCAGCCUGCAGGAGUCCAUCCUGGCCCAGGUCCAGCGCAUUGUGAAGGGCGAGGUGAGUGUGGCCCUCAAGGAGCAGCAGGCUGCGGUCACCUCCAGCAUCAUGCAGGCCAUGCGCUCAGCUGCUAGCACUCCGGUCCCUGCUGCCCACCUGGACUGCCAGGCCCAGCAGGCCCACAUCCUGCAGCUGCUGCAGCAGGGCCACCUCAAUCAGGCCUUCCAGCAGGCCCUGACAGCCGCUGACUUGAACCUGGUGCUGUAUGUAUGUGAAGCGGUGGACCCGGCCCAGGUGUUUGGGCAGCCCCCUUGCCCGCUCUCACAGCCUGUGCUGCUCUCCCUCAUCCAGCAGCUGGCCUCUGACCUUGGCACGCGAACCGACCUCAAGCUCAGCUACCUAGAGGAGGCGGUAAUGCACCUGGACCACAGCGACCCCAUCACCCGGGACCACAUGGGCUCCGUCAUGGCCCAGGUGCGUCAGAAGCUCUUCCAGUUCCUGCAGGCCGAGCCCCACAACUCCCUAGGCAAAGCGGCCCGGAGGCUCAACCUCAUGCUGCAUGGCCUGGUGGCCCCCAGCCUCCCGUAGCCCACUGUGCCUCGGGAGGGCAUGGCACUGAAGGCCAGCAGACAGGCCCAGGCGAGGUCACCACUGCCCUAACCAGCACAGGCCGCUUCUUGGGGUGUGGGGGCAUAGGGUACUGGCGGGGUACAGGCUGAGGUGGGCCCAGGACAGAGAUGGUGCCUUUUGGGGCUGCCGUGCCUGGAACAGGACCCUGAUCGCAAACAUCACUCCUUGAGUUGAAUUUUCCUUUUUACCUCUGAUUUGGAUCUUUCUGUUUUUGAAAACAUUGAGAAAUUGGAUUAAAUGCUUUUGGAAUAAAACGGA